UAGGCUUUACAGUGACUCAAACACUCAAAGACAGACUGCAGUCAGUCUUCACAGCACUAAGAUAUUGGCUUACUGUGACGGGACUCAAGCUUCUCUCUUAAACCUUGAACCAAGAAGACGAGAAAAAGAACGACAAAAGAAGAGAAAGAAAAGAAAGAAAGAAAGAAAGAAAACUACACUCAGAGAAAAAGAUUAGAUGCGACACACUCAGGAUGAUGUAAAACUAAGAAAGUCCAUCACUUUUUACAGUUUUAUUGGGGAAAGAAGAGCAAGAACAGACCUAAGGAUACUACAGAUUACAGUAUGUUGCCAUGGAAACCGGAACCUGGAAGCGGACGCAAGGACCACUGAAGGUGGACAAUCUCCUUUGACUACAUCCUCAGCACAUUACUAUCCUGCUGCGCACGGUGGUGAGAGGAUGCUGUGGAGAAUCACCAUCCCAAUCAUUCUGGCUGGGGUCCUCUGCAUGACCACAGAGACCAAAAAGACCCGCCCUCAGGGCUCCAUCCCCUCCCCUUACAAGACCAAAGGCAACCUGUCAGCAGAACGCCACCACAGACUAUUGCAGCAGAAGCCUGAGGUGCUGUCUUCUAGCCGAGAGGCCUUAGUCGUGACCGAGCGCCGCUACCUCCGCAGAGACUGGUGCAAGACCCAACCCCUGCGGCAGACGAUCAGUGAAGAAGGCUGUCGCAGUCGCACUGUGGUCAAUCGUUUUUGCUACGGCCAGUGCAACUCCUUCUACAUCCCCCGCCACAUGGGCCCCGGGUCGAGUCGGCGACAGAAACGAGGCCACGCUUCAGGUUCGGGAAGAAAAAGCCACAACAAGGCCCAGGAGCCCUUUCAAUCCUGCUCCUUCUGCAGGCCACACCGCAUCACACAGCUCACAGUACAGCUAGACUGCCCAGAUCUGCAGCCCCCUUUCAGACACCGCAAGGUGCAGAGGGUCAAACAGUGUCGCUGCAUGUCCGUGGACGUGAGCAGUCAUGGGAAGCUGUGAAGGAGGACUCUGAGGUACUUUGAGCUUGAAACAACGUGCAUGUGCUCUCAGAGAACUUUGCCAAACAAGGACUGACUUCAAGUAGAACUCUGCUGCAUCAUGUUGUACAAAUAGUCUUGAAACAGGUGUGAUGGAAAGACUAAAUAUCGAUUUGAUUAGAACCUUAUAGCCAUGCUGUCAAGUAAAUCCUGUUAAAAAAUAAGUAUUAAUGUGAUUGGUCAAGUGCCAUCGAUAAUACAGCAACAAGGGUUGUAUGACAAGCGACCAUCCCUCCCCCAUUAUAUCUACCUAAAGCUUUUUUUGAAAAAUGCCUCUUUAAAAGUUAUAAAACACGGGGGAACAGUGCUGAUACAUUUUGUCUAAAAAAAAAAAAAAAAGAGAAUUAGGAAGAGUGCAACCACUUUCAAAGGUUUCUGUAAUAUGAGAUAAUGUCUUGAGGGAGAUUGAUAACGGCUACAGGUGCCAGUUUGUUGCAAGUAUUGCAUCCAUGUUCACCCAAGUCUAGGAUGUCCCAAGUUGAGCAGGAGAUGUCCGUCUCUUGAGGCAACACAGCAAUGGCCCGUGACACCUACCUGCUUGGACAAAAUUUUGGCUGUAACAUGUACAUUUGCUGUAUGCCAACAAGUCAGAAAAUUGUACUACAGCAUGUGUGAUGGAGGUACAAUGUGAUAUAUACAGUACAUAUAUUUUUUCUAUGUCUUAUUGUAUGUCU